GAUACAUUGUAACAUUCGAAUAAGUCGAAAUUGAAUAUUUUGAUACUGAAAUAUUUUUAAGCGAUCAAACUUGGGAAAUUGCAUUUUAUUCUGAAUACUUUAUUGCUUAUUCCGCAUCGAAAAUCAACAGGAAUACUUGAUGACGGGCGUUACAUGAGUCGAGUGGAUCGGGUCGCAUUUCUUAACGUUGUAGAGAGGCUGGUUAGGCAAGCCAGAACGAUCGUGCAGGAUCAUUCUCCUCGUUUCAGCGGACGUGGCGAGUACAAGAACCGAUCGUUGACGAUAUUUAAAUCCACAGCAGUCAGAGAUCGAUUUGUACAUAAAUCGUUUAAUAAUCCAGACAACAAGUGUCUGAAAUCGCGUCAUAAGACGUUGUUUAUAUCUAAAAGACAACUUAAAGACGUCUUAUAAUUUUAAACUUUGUAUUGUUUGAGAAGCUACUUGUAUAUCGGACGACAAGCAUUUGUAGUGAGUGUUUACAUAAUUUGAACAUGAAUUCGAUGGAAAAAGUGUAUGGUAGCGGAUGGGCAGCGUGGUGGAGAAAACAUUCAAUAGCAUUACAAAUUGGAACGACAAUUUCGUGCAAUAUCGCCUAUCUUGCGGAUACUGGACAUACGCGUAAGGCGGUGACGCUUUCGAUGAUUUUGCUAGGUGGUACUACUUUGUACUGUUUCUUCAGUCGUCGGCGAAAAAUAAAUGCACGGGAUCUUAUCGUUAUAACCGGUUGUAAUUCCGGUUUGGGCUACAGUCUAGCGAUGCACUGUCGUGCCAAGGGUGCGAUGGUUUUGGCCGGAGUGCGCGAAAUACCAACAGUGCCUAAUUCUAACGCCGUCGAAAUAUUAAAGAAUAAAGGCGUUAUUGUUCAUCAAGUCGAUAUCGCGGAUGAACAAUCCGUUCGGGAUUUCCGUCAUAAAGUUAAAGAACUGUUGGAGGAGCGGCAGUUAGUACUGCGCGCGUUGGUGAAUAACGCGGGGGUGAUGGUUUUCGGUGAAUUCGAAUGGCAGACGCAGAAACUCGCGGAGUAUCAGGUAAACGUGAAUCUGUUGGGAACGAUGAGAAUCACGCGAGAGCUGAUGCCGAUUUUACGGGAGAAUCACAGCAGAAUUAUCACGAUAUCUAGCCAUUGCGCCAACGAGUCCUUACCAGGUAUAAGCAUCUACGGGGCUACGAAGGCCGCCCUCCUCGCGUGGACCACUUCUCUUCGAGUAGAGGUUCGCAAAUACGGAGUCGAAGUGGUUUCCUUUAUACCAGGUGGCUUUGUAGAAGAAAGCAAUAUCAUGAAACGGCAACGGCUGCACUUUGAUGAAAUGAGGCAACACAUGUCAGAGGAAGCGAAACAAUUUUACGGCGAUUACUUUACUCAAUACGUAGAGUACUUUACUAUGCCCUAUCUUACGGAAAGUCGAGACAGUGUAAAGUUAUCAAAUCCAACAAUCUAUGAAACCUUUGACAAGGCACUUCUCAAUGUCUAUCCUUCAGCGAUUUACAGAUGUGAGUCAUGGAGAUAUUUCUUUUAUCGUAUUUUAUUCAAAACUCCGAUGUUUAUGCGCGACCGAUUGGUACAACGUUUCGUCGUUUCACCACCAUGGAAGGCAGAUGAAAAAUGAAUUAUCAUUAUUAUCUCACUAUAUUGACUAGAAUUUUUCUUCUUUGUUUA